AGGAUUAACCAGAGACAUGGACACGUACUCUCGUGGUCGCGGUAACAGUGCUUGUUCGCGGUGUGGAUGAUACCGCUACGUCCCACGAACUCUGUUACUUCUCACCGGUAACGCGCGACGACGUCUUACCGACGGAGCCGACAGAUCGCUCGUGCCUGGUCCCUGCGUCACGUGCUGCGAUUCACGCGGCCGCGAUAAUAGGCUGGUGUAUCCGGAGGAGAGAAAAGCCUGCGCGCGGUUCGUUCCGCGGCGUGAGUUGCUGCUUUUCCGGUAAACGCGGGCAAGGCCCAGGCGCGGAACACUGGACGGUGGUCGAGACGCUGGAGAACGAGCCGUCCGUUCUUCCUCGUCGUAUUUUGGCAGCGUGUUCCGCUGCGGGGGUGUCUCUCGUGUCGUGGGCUACCGCAACGCGGUAAAACAGUCAAAAUUCGGGUGAAGAACAGAGAACCGUUACCAUCCUACGCGAUGGAAAUGAGCGACGAGUAUCAGGACAUGGGAAACCCUGGCGGAGGGGUCGCCGUGGUCAACAUACCUAUGGCCCAUCAUCAACACACGCCUGAUAGCCCGUUGUCGCAUCAGGAGGAGGAUCUGUCGGAUCCAGACCUUCAGGACGAGGAGAGCGGAGAGGAGUUACCUCAGCAACCACUUCAGGGUAACACGCACUCCUCGUCGGAUAAUGCAUCCGCGCAGGCUGGUACACCUACUCCAUUAACACACUUGAACAGCCUGAUGGGCGCGCACCAUCCGCACUUUCUGGCCAAGCUGAAAAUGGAGCCAUCCGACGUGGAUGCACUGAACAACAAAAGUGGUCUGGAGGCAUUGCAGGCCGCGAUGGGCGGCGGUGGUUUCAAUCUGCCGUUCUCGUUUCCACCGCCAGCGGCGUUCCUGACGCCGCAGCAUCACUCGCAAAAUAGUCAUCCGCAGUCAGGUGGCGGGAUCGGGAGCGGCGUUGGAAAUCAGGUAACAUCAUCGGCCAGCUCGCAUUCCAGCGAAUCGUCGCAGGGCAGCGCGAGAAACGGCGGCGAGCCCCGCGAGAGCAGCAAUCAUUCGCAGAGCAACUCGACGGGAACGAAUCACCAGCAGCAGACCAGCUGGAGUUUCGAAGAGCAGUUCAAACAGCUCUACGAGAUCAACGACGAUCCGAAGAGGAAGGAGUUCCUGGACGACCUGUUCAGUUACAUGCAGAAACGAGGAACGCCGAUCAAUCGACUGCCAAUUAUGGCGAAAUCGGUGCUGGACCUGUACGAACUGUACAAUUUGGUGAUCGCCAGGGGCGGCCUGGUCGACGUGAUCAAUAAGAAGCUCUGGCAGGAAAUCAUCAAAGGCCUCCACCUGCCAUCGAGCAUCACUUCCGCCGCGUUCACUCUGCGCACCCAAUACAUGAAAUACCUGUAUCCGUACGAGUGCGAGAAGAGACGACUGUCAACGCCGGCGGAGCUUCAGGCGGCGAUCGACGGGAAUCGUCGGGAGGGACGUCGCAGCAGCUACGGGGCGUACGCGGCUAGCGGCGGCGCUGCAGGCGAAAGCCUCGUGCAGAGGAACCCCCACACGCCCAACUCGCUCGCGUUGCACGCGCAAAUGACGCCGUUAUCGUUGGUGACGGCGGUGGCUGCCGGUGGUCAACAUCAUGGGCCGCAAUCGCUGGUAAACGGAAGCGCCGCGCACACACCCCUGCCCCACCAUCCGCACCAUCCUCAACACCCUCAGGGACUGCCAGGACAGCCACCGAACGCAGGACCUAUCCCCGGCAUGGCACCGUCCGAGUUCGAGGCACGCAUGGUCGAGUACGUGAAGUUGCUGAACAAGGAGCUGAGAAGCGCUGGCGCGGGCACGCCACCUCCGAUGAUCCAUCGGCAGGGAAGCGCAUCGCCACCGUCCUCCACGCCGCCGAGAGAUGGUGCAUUUAGCGCUCUCGAGAUGUCCCGGUUAACCUUGUGGAACAUGUACAACAACAAUACCCUGUAUCCGGGAGUCGGUCACCAGCCACCCAUGUCUCCUCAGGCCUCGCAUUCUCCGGUACCCCCGGCCUCUAGCCCCGAACCUCAGAGGGAAGCUCUUGACCUCGGACUCAGGUCGUCGCCCGUGUCUUCGUCACCCGCCAGGCAAAGUUCACCGUCAUCGGGAGGUAGUAUGCAAGUGAAGAGGGAUCCUGAUCUGACCGGCACACCUGGACCUCCACCCGCGAAAAGGCUACUCUCGGACGACGAUAGUCCAAUCGAGAAGAACGCUACAGCCUCUGUGGGCACGCACAUUAAAAUUUCCAAUCGAGGAGACGGACGGAACGGUGACAAUUCCUUAGUAGUCAGUAUGGAGUUGAACGGAGUGAUGUAUCAAGGUGUUCUGUUCGCCCAAAGUGACAGUAGGACCGCGAGCAGUACAGCGACCAGCAACAGCAACAAUGCGAAACCGUCGCGGAGCAUGGUCUCGUGAACGCGCAACGAUCAACGAACCGUCAGCCUAUCCACGAUGUCUCGAUACUUAACGAUCAUAGCAUUCAUCUGUAGCGAUAAUAACCACCUCGUGAACGGACGAAGCAGUCUGCCAUCGUAAUGUUAGUCACCGAUCGAUCGAAGGAUUUUCGUAAUUGUACAAAUCACGAAGUGUGUCCCGUGUUCCACGAGAAAUCGACGGUGGGAGUCGAUCCGGAGAAGGUAUGAGCUCAGUUUAGUUCGUCGCGUGCGUUCGCUCGCGUCGAACCCUCUCUCUGGCGAAUCAUUUGUUUCGUUGCGUGGCAAAUCUAUCGUUUCUUGGGUUUUUUUCGUUCGCAAAAGACGUUCUUGCGACAAGCUCGGAAUUCGUGUUGUGAUAUUUAGAUACGCGCGUUCGAUCGAUCGUCGAUGCUCGCCUGACGUUUUGUUUCUUGUUUCUCUUGUUACCGGUAUACGGGAAUCGUGUGUACCUUUGGUUGAUCACGAGCGAGCGUGAAAGAGUCGAAUUAUAUUCAUCGAGAUUGAUUUUCUUUGACCACGUUAACGAGUGGACGACGAAUCGAGAGUGUCGUGUCUCCCUUCCGUCUUUGAGUUCUUAUUUGUACGUUCAUUUCUUGACAUUCGAUUGGCUCGAAUGGUCGGUAUUGGUAUUAAACUAUACACGAAUACCCGCCAGAUCGGUAGAAAUUGUAUAAAUGUAUGAUGCUCGAAUUAAUCGCGACCAUGGUAGGCUGCUCCGCUUCGACAAUGAUUGAAACGUUAUUGUGUGAAUAGUGUAUGUAUGAUUUGUGUGCAAUGAAAAAAAAAAAGAAAUGUCUUUUUUAAUUAUAUUUCUCAUGCAUUGCGUUCCUUUCAUUCAAGAAGAACUUUUCGGUGUGUCGCUCGCCGCAGAUCUCGCAUUGUCUUUCCUUUCGUUCAACUUAAUGAUAUAAUUAAAAAAGAAUAAAAGAAUACACGAGAAAAUGAUAUUUGUACGGGUGAAUUAGAGCGAAAAGCAUUCUCCGAAGAAUCUUGACUGGAAGCACUCGGCCAAAUAGAGUAAUUGCUCUGAGAAUCGAACUUCCAAACUG